CUUUUUAAGAAAUCGACUAUAUUUCUAUUAUUGCAUUCUUUUAUUCGGUUCAAUUUUUUUAAAAACGGCUUUAAUCAUCUCUGAUUGUUCUCUCCAUGAAGUAGAACACAAGGGUGUGAAAUCCCAAUGUUUUGUAUUUAAUUUGCAUUAAAUACAAAUAUUCUCCAGACCUCUCCAAUGUCACUAGAAACCCAGAGCCACAGGCAUUUUUCUGCUUUCUGUAUAUUGGGGGGAAAAAAAAAAAAGAAAUCCAGGCCAUCCAUCUCAAAGACCUUGUCUUUCCUAUCAGGGAAUGUCUUCCUUCUUUUAUACAUACACGUAUGCAUAGUGAUGGGUUGAUUUACAAUGUUGAGUUAGUUUCAGGUGUAUCUUCUUUGACAUCUUUUCCCUUAACUAACAGUUCUUUUGUUAGUGUAACAGGUUUCGGCUGCAGGAAGGGAAUUCCAGCCGCUCACCACAGCGCACAAAGCAGAUGCCCACCCAGGUUGGAAUCUGUGCCUGCCUUCCCCUCUUCCUCUGCUCCCCAGGCUGCCUUCUGCCGGAGAGGUCAGUGUGUCACGUGUGCCAAGAUGGAGGCAGACCAUCCGCCAGCCUUCGCUGCAGAAGAACUGCUGAAGACUUAGCAAUGAGAAAGCCCCGGAGCUCCGGCAACCUAACUGGGAAGGCCUGUGAGGCUGGCUGGCUGUGGACCUGCACGCUGCCCGGAGUCCACCCAAACCAAGGCAACUUUAAGGAGAAAGAAAAUGACUCAGUCUGGCCUGAACAUCCUGCCCCAGAGAGUCCUUCGGAAGGAGGCUGUCACCCCAUCAGCGCUUGUCCUCAUGAGCCGCUCCAAUACCCAGCCCACAGCUGCCCCUGGCCAGAAGGUGGUGGAGAACAGCAGUGGGACCCCCAACUUCUCAAUGCGUUCCUUCACCAUCGACGACUUUGAGAUUGGGCGGCCUCUGGGCAAAGGCAAGUUUGGAAAUGUGUACUUGGCUCGAGAGAAGAAAAGCCAUUUCAUCGUGGCGCUCAAAGUCCUCUUCAAGUCUCAGAUAGAGAAGGAGGGCGUGGAGCACCAGCUGCGCAGAGAGAUCGAAAUCCAGGCCCAUCUGCAGCAUCCAAACAUCUUGCGUCUCUACAACUAUUUCUAUGACCGGAGAAGGAUCUACUUGAUUCUGGAGUAUGCCCCCCGGGGGGAGCUCUACAAGGAACUGCAGAAAUGCCGCACUUUUGACGAACAGCGAACAGCCACGAUCAUGGAGGAGCUGGCAGACGCUCUGAUGUACUGCCACGGGAAGAAGGUGAUUCACAGAGACAUAAAGCCAGAGAAUCUGCUCUUGGGGCUCCAGGGAGAGCUGAAGAUUGCCGACUUCGGCUGGUCUGUGCACGCCCCCUCACUUAGGAGGAAGACCAUGUGUGGCACCCUGGACUACCUGCCCCCAGAGAUGAUAGAGGGGCGCACACACAACGAGAAGGUGGAUCUGUGGUGCAUCGGAGUCCUCUGCUAUGAGCUGUUGGUGGGAAACCCGCCCUUCGAGAGUGCUUCCCACAACGAGACCUACCGGCGCAUCGUAAAGGUGGACCUGAAGUUCCCCCCUUCCGUGCCAGCGGGAGCCCAGGACCUCAUCUCCAAGCUGCUCAAGCAUAACCCCUCGGAUCGGCUGCCACUGGCCCAGGUCUCAGCCCACCCUUGGGUCCGCGCCCACUCCCGGAGGGUGCUGCCUCCCUCUGCCCCUCAGUCUGUCCCCUGAAUUGUCCCUGUCAGUUCCACAGUCGUAUCUGUGUCUGUAUGAAUGUGUAUGUGUAGUUAGAAGGAGGGGUCCCCGACCUGAUCCCGCACCUGUCUUCUCCCUCCUUUUUAUUUAAUAAAGGCGGAAGCGUUUUGUA